AUGGGUUGUUUUGUCACCCUGGUCUUAUCAGGGGCGUGUAUUCCAUGGAACGCUGCUCCACCUCGGGUCUGCCCUACAAAGUGGUACAAGUGGAGAAACACCUGCUACUUGGUGACGGAGUCCACCGUUGAGUGGACCAGCGCCAGAGAUGAAUGCAGAAAGUUGGGUGGCGUCCUGGCGGUGCCGCACUCCCUGGAAGAAAAUGAUUUCCUCCUGGCAUUGGUUCCAGAUAGAAGCAAUGCUUGGAUUGACUGCAGUGAUCGUAUGAUGGAGGGUAGCUGGGAGUGCAAGGAAGGAGGAGAAGAGGUCAGCUACAGGAAUUGGGAUCAGGGUCAGCCUGAAGGAGAUGACCCUCCCCGGGUGGCAUCAUCAGAGAAAUUCUUGAUCUACUUUUGA